AUGACUGCCUUUGUGGAAAAGAAUAUGGAACGAUCUGACAACGAAAAUUUCCAUUUUCUUCAGUUCAGAAAUCAUAGUGCGGAAAAGGAAAGAAAGAAAAGACAGUUAAAUCUUGACUAUCAAAAAUUUAAGGAAGAAGAGGAAGAAAAAUUUCGAAACAGAUUUGCUGAUAAAAAAAGACCAUCUGACUAUACCCAGAUAAAAAUGCAGGCUCGAAUCGGGAACGAAUCGGAUACGGACGUACGAGCAUCAUACACGACACAGCCAGCUGAACACAUCUCCAACCGAGACACUCCGGACCACGUAACUGGAGGUUUGGAAGUCUCUCAACCUGGAGGUAUCGAAAAGCUUAUCUUUGACAAGAUCAAUGGGCUUCAAAAUUCAAUCGAAGAACUUAAAUCGUUUAAGCAAGACAGAGGCCAUUUUCCAGCUAACGCAUACAACAGAUACGAUAUGUUGGACGUUGUACCCGGGCAACAACGUUAUUUGAUGGAAACUUCUGGCCAGAGGCAUCCUCAUUUGACGCAGAUCAGCUACGAUGGUUAUAACGAACGGUUUGCGAUACCGGUUCCCCAAACACAGUCGGUAAAUUCUGUUGGUUUAGUUGACGAAGCGGAAAGGAAAUUGCAAGAGUUGGAGGCAUUGCUUUCUAUGCUGAAAGGAGGCGAACGCUACCCAGGAGCGCCAAAAAUGGCAGUCUAUCCAGACACACGAUCUCCUCAGGAGAGAUCGCCUAUUAAAUUUACUGGAAAAAGCGACAGCGAACUCUUUAGGAAUCCAAUAGUUGGCGAGUCGACUGGAAAUAAUUUUGAAAGAGGAAAGAAACAGAGCAAACAAAACCUAAAUGCAUAUGCUCUCGAACUACAAAAACAAAUAGAAGAUGGCAAGCGAAGAAAGGAAGAGCAACGUCAACUUGAGCUGGAAGCAGACCGCAAAAAGGAGAAGGAAAUGUCAUUAUAUGACCAGUUUGGACACAGGCUCACGAAUCCACCAUCAGAGGCAUUGACAAAGACAGAAGAAUCCAUUCACCAAGAUAGAGUCAAACCCGGGGUUUCUACUAUGCCUGGAAAUACUCCAACCUUUGCUCGUGGCGGUAAUGGGGUCUUUGGCCAACCUCUCACGCAGUCUCAGAAGGAGGAGAAUGACAAAUACAGAAAAGAAUUGGAGGAGCAAAUAGCUGAAAGAAAGAGACGUGAAGAAGAGGAAAAACAGCGAAAAGAGGAAGAAGAAAAGCGAGACCUUGAAAGAAUUGAAGUUGAAAGGAAGAAAAUUGCCGAAGAGCUUGCGGCCGAAAAGCUUAAAAAUAGCCAACAAUGCAGAGUUUUUGAAUCCGAUCCGCAACCUCCUUCUCCCGAACCAGAACAUGCACCAGAGAAGAACACUAAAUGUUCAUUAAAUUUGGAUGAACUGACAUACCGAAACCAUGAAAGACUGAAAAAGCUCGACGCUCUAAACUACAGUUUGGAAGUUAACGGAGAUUCCGAAGAGGUCUUGCGUGAGUUUUUGUCUCAGGAGGAAGCAAGACAGUGUUCCCAGAGGAAUGGGAUAACCAAAGGUGCCGAAUUGUAG